CUGAAUUGCAAGAAUCCAAGCAUAAGUCAACACAAAGUCUUCUGCUUCCAUUUAUGAUGGCUUAACUACCAUUUCCAGCUACUCCAAUGAUCAAAACGUUGUUAAUCAUUACUCAAAUCAUAAACCCAAUUGAGCAAGAAACCAGAAGAAAAAUAACCUCGAAAUCGCCAUGAAAAAUUUUCCUGCUUUCCUCUUCUUCACUCUGUUAUUUCUUUUGCAACUCUCAUCGUCUUACAUCCUUCCUCAGCAGUACUUCAUCGACUGUGGUUCAGAUUCGACAGUUCCGAUAACUCUCGCUGGCCGGAACUUCAUUGUUGACAGUUCUCAUGGUUCCUUCUCCGUCGGAGCAAGUGAAGCUGUCGUAAACGACGCAGCAGACCCGUCUCUGCCACUUUAUCGAACAGCGAGAAUUUACAGAAACCCAUCUUCCUUUGAUUUCAAGAACAUCACUGAAAAUGUCACUUAUCUCAUCCGCCUCCAUUUCUUUCCCUUCACGUCGCACCGGGGGAUAAACCUUGUGGACUCAGUGUUUCAUGUUUGGGCUUCUAAUUUUUCUCUCUUAUCCAAUUUUACUGUACGGAACAGCCAUGAAUUUCCUGUAAUUACGGAUUUCUUGCUGAGAGCCAAGGAUAAUACUCUCAGUAUAUAUUUUGCUCCGGCUGAUGGAACCUCUGUUGCUUUUGUGAACGCCAUUGAAGUGUUUCUUGCUCCUGAAGAUUUUAUAAUCAACGAUGCUCCGCGUGUUACUUCGGGAGGAAGUGAUGGUGUCUACAAGGGUUUGGUUUCUCAGGGUUUACAAACCGUUUACAGGGUUAAUGUGGGAGGAGAAGAAAUCAAUGACUCACCAACGGUGACACUGGGUUGGGUACCGGAUGAUGAAUAUGUUGUUAAUGGAGGUUCUUCUGUUCAAAACUGCAGUUUAUAUAAUGACAGACUUAGAUAUGGCGAGUUGAAGAAACAGCCUGAGGAGAAUGUUAUCCCUGAUCUUGUUUACAAGACUUGCAAGAAAGUGGAAGCAGGAAAUGGGGUUUCUCCUAACAUAACUUGGAGAUUCAAUGUGAGUCAAAAUACUGGUCUUCUUGUCAGGGUACAUUUUUGUGAUACACAGAGUUCCUCAGCUAAUAUGCUUAAUUUCAGUCUCUAUAUCUAUGGAAACUUCAGAAAGAAUAUAAAUCCGUAUGCCAAUGGAGAUCUUUCUGACACAGGUGUCCCUUUUUAUUAUGAUUUUGUUGUUGAGUCUGAUCACACUGGAUUCUUAAAUGUUAGCAUUAGCCUUGCAUCUGAUAAUGAAAGCACCAUACAAACAUUUGCAUAUCUGAAUGGGUUAGAGAUUAUGGAGUUCAUGAAAGAAUCCCAUCUGGCUCUUCAGCUAACCAAGGCUAAGAAUAAGAAAAUCCUACAUAUCAUUAUUCCUUUAGUUUCUGCUGUGUGUUCUUUGUUUGUGUUGAUGGUGAUGGUAUUUUUGGGUUUGAAAUGGAGGAAAGGUAAGCAAGUUGAGACUAUAAUAUCUGAGGCUAUGCUUCCUUACCAAGGAGGACAAGGCGGUAGUCUCUAUAGUAGGGUGAGUGAUAGAACUAUAACUUCCUCUCCUGUCCCAAACUUGAACCUCAAACUAAAGAUAUCAUUUGCUGAAGUUUUGGAGGCAACCCACAACUUUGAUUCUAAGUUGCUGAUUGGUGAAGGUGGAUUUGGCAAAGUUUACAAGGGGGUUCUUAAGACUGGAAAGAAAGUAGCUGUAAAGAGAAGUGACUCAAGACAUGGACAAGGCCUCCCGGAGUUCCACACCGAGAUUAUUGUGCUCUCCAAAAUCUGCCAUCGUCAUCUUGUUUCCUUGAUUGGUUAUUGUGAUGAGGGUGCGGAGAUGAUACUGGUGUACGAGUUCAUGGAGAAGGGGACUUUAAGAGACCAUCUCUAUAGUUCCAACAGUAAUGAGAAGAAGCAAUCUGCACUUUCUGGGUUAACUUGGAAGGAACGGCUUGAAAUUUGCAUUGGUUCUGCAAAGGGCCUUCAUUACCUUCACACAGGAUCAGAUGGGGGAAUUAUUCAUCGAGAUGUGAAGUCGACAAACAUCUUGCUCGAUGAAAACUAUGUGGCUAAAGUUGCUGACUUUGGUCUUUCAAGGUCAGGUCCUCCUGAUCCUGAUGAUUUCAGCAUGGGAAUUAAGGGCAGCUUUGGUUAUCUAGAUCCUGAGUACUUCACAAGCUUUCAAUUCACAGAAAAAUCUGAUGUUUAUUCUUUUGGUGUGGUUCUUCUUGAAGUGCUUUGUGCUAGACCUGCCAUUAUUACCUCGAGUAAGAUACAGGAGGUGAACUUAGCUGACUGGGGUUUGUUCUGGCACAAGAAAGGGCAACUUGAAAAGAUUAUUGACCCAUUGUUGGUGGAUCAUAUAAAUCCUAACUCACUGAGAAUUUUUGGUGAAGUAGUUGAGAAAUGUCUGAGGGCAAAUGGAGCUGAUAGGCCUACUAUGCUUGAUGUACUCUGGGACUUGGAAUACGCAUUGCAGAUGCAACAAAAUAAAGUUCGAAGAGAGCCACACGAGGAUAGCACAAUGGAUGCCUCAUUCGAGUUAGGAUUGCCUGUUGUGGGGCGCUUGGCUUCGAUCAACUUCCCAUUCGAGAAAGAUGACAAAGAAGAGGACGGUGAUUCAGAAAUAACAGCUAGUGCAGUUUUCUCCCAACUGAAGAUCGAAGGUGCUAGAUAAUCUUCAAUAGUUUGCAUAUUAAUAAGUCUAGUGUCUAUGGUUUAUUGUUUACCAUUGAAUGUGUUUAUAGUUGCUACUAAAAUAUUCUUGUAGUUCAAGUUGUUUCAUUACAAGGGCUGUAAAUUUCCUUGUGAUGUAUGGAGAAGUCUUGUGGUUUGAUGUAUUUCUGUACUCAAAACAUCAAAUGGA